AUGUCCCAACAACCCACACUUCCUACCAUCUCGGGUAUGCAAAUUGAAUCGAGAGAAGAACAUUCAUUCCCAUCGAGCUUUUCCAAGAAGAUUAAUAUUGCAGUGUUUGGAUUUUCAAAAGAGCAAAAGGAACAUACCAAGACUUGGCAAGCUGUUUUUGCAGAUAUGAAACGAGAAGGAGGAGAAUGGAAGGAGAAGGAUGUGGAUUUUAAUGUAUUUCCAUUGCUGCCGGAAAUGUAUUGGCUCUUGGCAAGAGGAAUAUUUGAGGCUGUUCGUUACGGAACUGUAGAUGAUCUCAUUCGACAACGUACCUAUUUGAUUCAUACGGAUCAGGUGAAAUUCAGACAAGCUCUCGGCAUUGAGAGUGAUGACAAGAUUUGUAUUUGUGUGUUUGCCAAAGAUGGAACCUUAUUGUACAAGACCAGAGAGGAAGCAUACACUGAAGAACGAGGCACUCUUUUCAUUCAGAAAGUGAAUGAAUUGCUCUAA